AUGAUAAUUACUUUUACUAUAUCUACAAUGCCACCAUCACAAAACCUGCCCCCUCUCCCCCUCCCCUCCACAUCAUCCACAUCCACCCGCUGGCUCGCCAUCCAAACCCGCGAUCCCAAAUACACCAGCACCUUCGUGUACGCCGUCCUCACCACGAAAAUCUACUGCCGCCCAACUUGUCCCGCGCGUCUCGCCCGACGAGCUAACGUCCGCUUCUACGAUACAGCCUCGCAAGCCGAGCGCGCAGGGUUUCGCCCCUGUAAGCGCUGCAAACCCGAGAUUGUCAUCGACAAUAGCAACAACCACAACUUAUUGGGGGCGAAUAGUAAUACCACAACUACUCCUACUAGUAUUGGUGGUACUACUACUAUCUUCCAUCCGCAGAUCCACUCAGUCCAGAGAGCUUGUCAGACUAUCCGGGCUUCUGUGCAAGCGGGCUCGAGGCCGACGUUGCGGAUGCUGGCGGCGGAGGCGGGACUGACGCCGAGUCAUUUUCAUAGGGUGUUUAAGAGGGUCGUGGGCGUUACGGUGGGGAGGUAUGUGGGUGAUAUUGUUAUGAGGGGGAAGGGGAUGAUGGGUGGUGAUGGGGAGGGAGCGUGUAGGAAUUGGGUUGGGGGUGUAGGUGAUGGGUGUGGAGAUCGAAAUGGGGCUGGGGCUGUUCUGUGGAAUGACUUUGAUGUUUUGCUAGCCGCUGAGGAGGAUGAUGGAUUCGUUGCGACCACUACUACUGUUGCUAUGCAGGAUGUACACCCGGUGCAGGAUGAGGAACUUCUGGCUUGGCGUGCAGUGGGUUCGUACGGUGUUGGCGUUGGGGGAGGGUGUUCGGUUGAUGAAACGUUUACCUUGGGUGAUGGAGCCUUGUAG